AUGUCUGUACAGAUUGUCUUCAACAGUUGUGGAGAACCAAGGAAACUCGGGAGUGUCCUGUCUGUGGGAGAACAUCCUCAAAAAAUCCUUCCAGAGAGAAAUGAGAGGCAUUCAGCAGGAUCUGAGGAGAUCUGCAAUUUACACGGUGAGAAACUCAAGCUCGUCUGUCUGGAGGACAACCAGCCUGUGUGUUCAGUGUGCAGAGAUACACAGAUAUAUGCCAAUAAAACGUUCAGACCCAUCAGUGUUGUUGUUCCAUCAUAUAAGGAGGAUCUCAAUACAGCACUGAAGUCCUUACAAGCAAAACUUAAACAGAGAGAAAACAUUAAAAGGGAGUUUGAGAAAACAGUUCAACAUAUCAAGUCUCAAGCUGAAUACACAGAGCAUCAGAUUAAAGAGCAGUUUAAGAAGCUUCGUCAGUUUCUCAGAGAUGAAGAAGCAUCUACAAUCAUUGCAUUGAGGGAGGAAGAGGACCAGAAGAAGCAGAAGAUGAAGGAGAAGCUGGAGGACAUGAACAGACACAUCUCCGAUCUUUCAAACAUUAUCAAAGAUUUGGAGGAGACAAUGAAAGCCAAUGACGUCUGCUUUCUACAGAGGUUUCCAGUCACGAUGGAAAGAGUCCAGAUCUCACAGCCGGAUCAACAGAUGCCUUCUGGAGCUUUGAUUUAUGUGCCACGUUACUUGGGCAACCUGCCGUACAGAGUCUGGAAGAAGAUGCUGAACUGUGUCCAAAAGACUCCUAUGACUCUGGAUCCAAACACAGCUCAUCCUCGUCUCGUCCUGUCUAAUGAUCUGACCAGUGUGAGAUACAUCUGGGAUAAACAACUGCUUCCUGAUAAUCCAGAGAGAUUUGACAUCUGUGGGUGUGUUCUGGGUUCAGAGGGUUUUAACUCAGGAAUGCACUUCUGGGAAGUGGAGGUUAAUGAAAGCGAAUGCUGGAGUCUUGGAGUAACUGCAGAAUCAAACCAAAGGAAGGGACGUGGUUUCUUUAAGACUGAUGUCUGGUGUGUGCAGUAUGAUCCGUACAGACUGCUUGGGCCUGGUUGUCCUAUUAAACAGGAGCUUGAGUGUGUGAGAGUUGAUCUGGACUAUGACGGAGGAACGGUGUCAUUCUCUGAUCCUGUAACUAACACACAUCUACACACAUUCACAACCACCUUCACUGACGUCAUCUUUCCAUUUUUCUGUAAUCUUGAUGAACUUAACUAUCUAAGGAUUUUACCAGUUAAACUGUAAAAGCAGAAAAUCACUGAAGCAUCAUCUGGGGUCAUAUGCAUAAAGCUGCUCAGAGUAAAAUUGUAGUCUUAAGUGAUUCAGAGUUUAACAAA